UUAUAAAGUAUAUUUUCUACCUUAACAUAUGCUUAUUAAUUUUCAUAUGCAUUCACUUUUACUUAUAUUUUGUGUGCUAAUGACUGAACAACCAUGAGUUUUAUAAAAAUAUUCUUAAAUUAAAACCCAACUUCGAUUUUUUAAAUCAUAAAUCUACCUAGUACUAUAAAUGAACAUUAGAGUAGAAAAGUCAAAUCAGAACAUAGUGUUUGAUGCAGAAUGAAGAUAUAUUUUUUUCUCAGUUGAACGACAAAAUCAUGUACCUUGUGUGUCGUGAGACAUUAAGCGUGCUACUGGGCGCGAAAAGUCAGUGUUUUUUUUUUUUCUUUAACGUUACACUUUGGAUGAAAGUUGUCGGCAGAAGAACCGGGUGCAAACGCCCAGGGAUCUUCCUGCUGCUGCAGCCGAGAAAACAGGCGCGUGAGGACGUCUCCUGCACCAACCGCGCGGCGUCCUUCCUCGUCGGGCGAAGCGGUGGAGCGGAGGUCCAGCCUCAGCGGCCCCCGGGGGAAAGGCGGGGGAUGGCGGGUGAGAAGGUGGCUAAAUGUGAACCCUGCGAAAGAAGUUAUGAUAACAUGGUAAAAAUGCUUGAGGAUCUGAACAGGGAUUUGGAAAAACUUCUGGAAGACAUGGAAAAAUUAUCAGUGCAGGCUACUUGGAUGGCUUAUGAUAUGGUGGUAAUGCGCGCUAAUCCAGACUUGGCCAAUUCAAUGAGACGUCUGGAAGAUGCCUUUCUCACUUGUAAGGAAGAAAUGGAGAAAAACUGGCAGGAAAUGUUGAAGGAGACUAAAGGUGCUGAACCAAAACAAUAACUGGUUUUGAAAUCUCUGGUGGAAAUUCAGACCUGGGAAGAGUUAGUCUUGAGUAGUGUGGUCAGUGUUUAUUUACAAAAUACAUUUAAAAAAUA